ACACGCGAUGAUUAAUUGCAACUUCUCCAACUUUCCUCUUCUGGUGUUUGUGCAAGAUCAGAAAAGAUGAGUCCGUGGGCAAAUGUCAGAGGGAACUUGCUCGUUUUUUCCUCUCUCUUGCAAAGCUCUCCCCUCAGCCCGGGGUGCUCACCUAGAGCCAGAGCCAGGGGGGGAGGCUGCUGAGAUCUCUUCAGCCCUCACAAGGAAACGCUCAAGCACGGAUCAUAUUGUCCCUCUGUGCUUCUGGAGUCGUGUCUGGUUCUCAGUUGUCACUUUAGAUGUUUUUCUGUGUAGCGGGAGCAGUAUGUUUAAAGAUUCAAUUAGUGUUUUGCAAAUCAAGCAGUGAAGUUAUUUAGUUUAAUUAUGUUGCAUUUAAUUAGCAGAGAAAAAUCAAUGCUGGUUUGUAUUUUUCAUUGUAAGGAAUAGCUAGGCAGCUUCCUACAGGGGAACGUAGGGUAAGCAGUCUGAGUCUGGCUGUGCGAAGUACAGCGUUCAGGCUUUCCAGGACAGCAGCCACCGAUUUUGGGGAAGAUUCCUGUUUCAAAGGAGUAAAGCUGGUAGCCGUGCUUUCUGGUUUUGAUCAUUCGAUCCUGGUUUGUUCUGGCUUCUGCGCUUCACUGCGAAUAUGUUCUCCUGUGGUACGGGUUCUGGAGCAGCCUCCAGGGAUAAGCAGACUGGCUGCUUGGCAGCCGGCUUUUAAGUGCAGUACGUAGGCAUGUUUCCAGCUCUCGGCGCUAAGUUACUGUCUAACAAGUGUGCAUCACAUCAUGGGACAAAUGUUACUCCAGAAAUACCAUAGGUUAAUCUGAUGCACGAUCCCUUACAUAGUAUCGCAAUAUAACAUUUCGCUUUGGGAUUCUGGCUGUGUCUUUUCAAUGCUUACUGGUAUAUUGCUGCAACUGUUUGUCCGGGAAGCGGGUAACUGAGUAAGGAAGGUGUUAGCAGCAUAUAUAGACCUGGGGCCAGCUCUGAAAUAAUUGCCACUUGUUUAUGCUAGAGGUGAAUUUGGCUUGGGAUUUUAGUAAAUGCUGAUAGCGCUGUAGACAGUAAUUACGGAUGUAUAAAUAAGUGAUCACGUUUUGUUUAUUCGCGUGCAGUAAAUAACCCUGUGAGAAUAGUAAAUAUAACUCCACACCAGCGAAGCAGCGGGAAGAGUUCAAACGCGGGAAGAUGACUCUGUAGACACACACAAACGCAGUGUGGUUCCAUAAACAAUAGAACAGAAAGGCCAAAAAUACCAUACAAAAAUCAUACGCUGUGCAACCUAGAGACCCGACCUUGCGACACACUGAACUCCCAUUGAAGAACUCAAGACAUCAUGCGGGAUCCAUCCCCAGAUUCUGAGCGUUCCCAUCUCUCCUCGUUCACUAUGAAGUUGAAGGGCAAGUUUCAUUCACCAAAAAUAAAGAGAACCCCUUCAAAGAAAGGAAAGCAAGCUGACCUGACAGUGAAAACGCCAGAGAAGUCAGCGAAUAAAAAUGUAUCAUGGCUAGAGGAGAAGGAGAAGGAGGUUGUCAGUGCAUUGCGCUACUUUAAGACUAUUGUGGACAAAAUGGCAAUUGAUAAGAAAGUGUUAGAGAUGCUGCCAGGCUCAGCAAGUAAAGUGCUGGAAGCCAUCCUACCCUUGGUGCAAACCGAUCCCCGUAUCCAGCAAAGCUCUGCCAUCUCGUCCUGCUAUAGCCGUGUGUACCAGAGUCUGGCCAAUCUGAUUCGCUGGUCUGAUCAAGUGAUGCUGGAAGGUGUGAAUUCAGAAGACAAGGAGAUGGUGACAACAGUGAAGGGUGUCAUAAAAGCUGUUCUGGAUGGAGUCAAGGAGCUGGUCAGACUCACUAUUGAAAAGCAGGAGCAUCCCUCUCCCACAAGCCCAGUUAAACCCAGUUUACCAGCAUGUAAAUCUGACAGCCCAUCAGAACUUCCCCUUACAGACCGAGAAAUGGAGAUCCUCAACAAAACAACCAAUCUGACGCAAUCCAACGAGCUACUGACUGACUCCAUGGAUGAAGAAGUUGCACCUCCUAAACCCCCUUUGCCUAGCAUUCGUGUGGCAGAAAACAGCCCUCCACCAGCAUUGCCCCCUAAAAAACGACAGUCGGCACCUUCCCCAACCAGAGUGGCAGUUGUGGCACCCAUGAGUCGAGCCACCAGUGGGUCCAGUUUACCUGUUGGAAUCAACAGACAGGAUUUUGAUGUUGACUGCUAUGCCCAGCGAAGGUUGUCUGGUGGAAGCCACUCCUAUGGGGGGGAAUCUCCACGCCUCUCGCCAUGCAGUAGCAUUGGCAAACUCAGCAAGUCUGAUGAACAACUCUCCUCUCUGGAUCGUGACAGUGGUCAGUGCUCCCGCAACACAAGCUGUGAAACGUUAGAUCAAUCAGAUCACUAUGAUCCGGACUAUGAAUUCCUGCAGCAGGACCUCUCCAACGCUGAUCAGAUACCUCAGCAGGUGCCAGGUAUCCUCAGCCCAUUGCCAGAGUCCUUGGGUGAGUCUGGCUCCCCUUUCCAUGGACAUGCUUUCCAGCUCCCGCAGGGCAGCUCUCCUCCACUGGAAUUCUGCAGCCUCUCAGGAGCAGCGCAGCCAACAGAGACUCCUCCAGCUUUACCAGAAAAGAAGAGGAGGAGCGCAGCCUCUCAGACUUCAGAUAACUCCGGCUGCAGGGUGUCCUAUGAGAGGCACCCUUCCCAAUACGAUAACAUCUCGGAGGAUGACAUGCAGAAUGCAGCAUCUGUCCCAUCAGUACCCUUCACACCCUUUGCUGCUGUUUUGCCUUUCCAGCAAGGAAACUCUUCAGCACCGGUUGAAUUCAUUGCUGAUUUUGCUGCUCCAGAUUCUAACAGUGACCCAGAGAAGCCACCACCUCUGCCAGAGAAGAAAAACAAACACAUGAUGGCAUACAUGCAGUUUGUGGAAGACUACUCGGAGCCCCAGCCGUCCAUGUUCUACCAGACCCCUCAGAACGAGCACAUCUACCAGCAGAAGAACAAGCACCUCAUGGAAGUCUAUGGGUUCAAUGACUCCUUUAUCAGCUUAGACCCCUCUCAAGAUCUGGCACCUCCUCCUGCUCUGCCACCCAAGCAGCGGCAGCUGCAGGCCUCCUAUGCUGCCUCUUCUUUCUCUUCUGUCUCCUACUGUGUCCAGCAAACUAAAGUGCCCUUCACCCCCGAGGACACCGGUGCCACUCAGGGCCUCACUAUGUCAGUCUCUAACUCCUUUCUCAACCGGCACAGCUCCUUUCCUGUGCAUUCGUACAAAUCUGUGUUUAGGUCCUACUCCCAGGACUUUGUGCCUCACAAUCAAGUCUCCAUACCUCCUUUCCUCUCUUCUACCUCCUCCUCCUGUUCCACCCCACCUUUCCCGCCCGUCCAUCCAUCUCAGAGCUCUGACCUAGCGGUGCCCGCCACAGCCAGCCAGUCACCCAGCACUGUGGAUGUGCCAAACUCCUCUUCUCAGGAGAGCAGCUUUAACGGGAAUGCUCCUGUCUGCCUUCCUUCUGAAACCUCUUUCACUGAUUCUCUUCAGACGCCUUCGAGUGAAAACGCCAGUGAGGAGGCUGGUGAGGGUGAAUACGUCAAUCUGUAUUCCUCUGGCCAGAGCAACGGGGAACUCCCUCGCUCUGAAGGAGAAUCUCCCUCUGUCAAAGACAGCCACUCCAAAGACUCCACUUCCAGCAGCAGUGCCAUGGGGAAGGAAGGCAAAGAUGGUGCUGAAAGGCAGCAGCAGUCACCAGAUGCUUUGGAAUCAUCACAGUUGGAGGAAGAGGUAGAUGAGCUAUCCCUUAUCGACCACAGUGAAAUUAUGGCAAGGUUAACACUGAAGCAGGAGGGAGACGAUGGGCCAGAUGUUCGUGGUGGAUCUGGAGACAUUUUGUUAGUGCAUGCAACAGAGACUGACAGGAAAGAUCUGGUGCUGUACUGUGAAGCCUUUCUGACUACAUACAGGACAUUUAUUACCCCUGAAGAGCUCAUCAAGAAGCUGCAGUACAGAUAUGAGAAGUUUUGCCACUUCCCAGACACGUUUAAGAAGCGAGUCAGUAAGAACACCUUCUUCGUGCUGGUGAGAGUGGUGGACGAGCUGUGCUUAGUGGAGUUGACAGAGGAAAUUCUCAAGCUGCUGAUGGACCUGGUCUUCCGGCUGGUCUGCAACGGGGAGCUAAGCCUUGCCAGAGUGUUACGCAAGAAUAUCCUUGAUAAAGUGGAUCAGAAGAAAAUGCUGAGCUACGCCAAUUCCAUCAAACCGCUUGCAGCCCGUGGGGUGGCAGCCAGGCCAGGGACCCUGCAUGAUUUCCACAGUCAUGAAAUAGCCGAGCAGCUGACCCUGCUAGAUGCUGAACUCUUCUAUAAAAUUGAGAUCCCAGAAGUUUUGCUUUGGGCAAAGGAACAAAAUGAAGAGAAAAGUCCCAACCUGACACAGUUCACAGAGCACUUUAAUAACAUGUCCUACUGGGUCCGUUCAAUAAUUAUGCUACAAGAGAAGGCUCAAGACCGAGAGAGGCUGCUCCUUAAAUUUAUAAAGAUUAUGAAGCACUUACGAAAGCUGAAUAAUUUUAAUUCCUAUUUGGCCAUUCUUUCUGCACUGGACUCUGCACCCAUCCGAAGGCUGGAGUGGCAGAAGCAAACCUCGGAGGGCCUGGCUGAGUACUGUACGCUGAUUGACAGCUCCUCCUCCUUCCGCGCCUACCGAGCAGCUCUGGCUGAUGUGGAGCCUCCCUGCAUACCUUACCUAGGCCUGAUUCUGCAGGACCUGACCUUUGUUCAUCUGGGAAACCCUGAUUACAUUGACAGCAAAGUGAACUUCUCCAAGCGCUGGCAGCAGUUUAACAUCCUGGACAGCAUGAGGUGCUUCCAACAAGUACAUUACGACAUCAAAAGAAACGACGACAUAGUGUCAUUCUUCAACGAUUUCAGCGACCACCUGGCCGAGGAGGCCUUGUGGGAACUGUCCCUCAAAAUCAAACCUCGGAACAUAACGAGGCGGAAAACAGACCGAGAAGAGAAAACCUAGGAGGAGGGGUCGUGCGAGCGAGGAGAAUUGCUCCGCAGACGCACCAAGGGCAGCUAUGAGACUGGAGUUCAAUGUUUGUACCUGUUACUGGAUGACACUCCCUCCCAGCUGGCAGCCAUCCCUGGGGGUGGGAAUGUCGGGCUCUCGCCGCGGGCGAGAGGCGACCGCGCGCGUCGGCCGCGAAGGGCAGAGAUCAGCCGGUGCUCGCUGCACUCGCCCUCCUUCUCCUCCCACCCCUCCGUGCCAUGAAUCAGCUUUAAACCCGGGGAGAGCUUUGUGGAAAGAGGGUCCCAUCCAAACGUGUUCCCGGUUUGCUGGGCGAUUGCACCCGGGAAUACCCGGGCUUUUGUUUUCAUCCGCAAAGGAGGGUCGGCAAGAGCUCAGCACCCACAGACUUGUCUCCGGAGUGGUGCUCAGCAGGCAGCAGCCGUGGAAGCCAAGGGUUUGAGUCUCCCCUGCAGUGCCGCCUCGACACGUGUUCACCCCUGGGAGAUGAGGGUGGGAGAGUCUUGGGCUGCCUGCCGGAGGAGCUCUGCUUUCAGAGAGCUGCUUGUGUUUACAGGGGUCUUCGGUUUACCCCAGAUUUCUGGCGCCUUCUUCACGGGAGAGGAAGGCACCGGUCGUAGAUAUGGAAGAGGCACUGAAAAUGUGGGCAGGGACCCGCCAUCUCCAGUCAUCGUAUCCCCUCCUCCUCUCAGAUCUCGUUAUUUAAGUAACAGUAAUCCCUCCAAACCCUGGAAACAUUGACUACCCGAGGUACUGUGGUUCACGUGCCCCGUGAGCCCGUAUCUUUUAGUGAUGGUACUAGCUUUUGCACAGUAAAUGCUGUAGUAUACAAGACUGUAAAUAUUAGUAUUUAGAAUCCAUUGGGGAUUUUUUUGAUGCAUGUCUGAAUACCAGUGGGUUUCUAGGAAAAAAAAAAAAGUGCAAAACCGUAUGUAUAAAACUCACAACCAGUGACAGUGUCGUUCCAAGUGCUGAAAGACAGGAGGCUCGGGGCGGGCGCAGGAGCCGGGCGAAGGAGCCAGCGGGUCCGUUUCUGGGGUUGGAAAUGGGAUCUGGGAAGGAGCCCUGUGCCCCGCCGAGCCGCCCCGUCCCCUCCACCCUGCUCCUCUCUCCUCUCACUGUUGCCAAAUGUUUUUUUCAGGGGGUCCCCACCUGGCCAACCCUUGGUGCUGUGCUUUGUGCGCUUCAGCAGGAGCCCCAGCAGGUCCCUGUCCCCAGCCCCCCAUGGCAGGGGCAGGUGUGGAAGAGCGAGAUCAUUUCCCACCCAGCAGCGACAACCCCAGUCCGUUCGGUGUGCCUUAUUCAGCCCCUCUGUCCCCUCUCUGUGUCCCCCCCCCGGGGUGUCCUCCCCACUGCAGCCCUGGCCAGGCCAUUUCGCAUCCCUCCUCUCUCCUCAUCCGAUGGUUUACAGUGUGGAUCGUGGUUUGAGCCCACGCUGUGGGGUUUAGCAGCCGUGCGAGGCCUUUCUCGGCACCGUGUUGCGUGGUCACAGGUUUUUACAGAGUUCUGUCUAACCAAACCCGGCGGUUUUAGGGCAGCGGCUCGCAAGGAAUACAGACAGGGUGUUUGGCAGAGCAUCCUUAACUUAUUUCUCAAUAGCAGCUCCGUGUUUGCUAAAGCCUCUCUGUUUAUUCUGGGUGAAUCAGAGUUGCAAGCACUUCCUUCUCCAGAUUGCAAAGUCUCAGCCGGCAACUCCGCCUGACGGGCGGCAGGAGGGAGCCGCAGCAGCGCUGCCCCAUUCACAGGAUUGUGCCCAGCUUCAUUAUUUCCCUGAAGGUUUAGACACAGGACUUCUGCAGUGGCCAAAUGCUGAAGUGCAGAGAGACGCGCAGCCGAGCCAGAACCCUUCCAAAACGCUUCAUUUUGAUGGCACUAAGGGCAUUGGAGCCAUGUGUCGUGUCCGGCCGAGGCUUUGCCAUCCCCAGCCUUCCACGCAGGAAGCAAGGCUUGCGUAUUCCUUUGUAAAUAAGGUUUUAAAACAAACCCUGACAUGAUGAGACUGUGAAAAGGCAAUUCCCCCCGGUGGCUGGUGAGGGCUUCCCCCGGCGGCUCCCAGCACCUCCCUCGCCCGCUGUGCCGUGGCCUGGGCUGUCUCUAGGAGUGGUGUGUGUGGUGGUAGCACUAAAGCCGCAGCCCCUCGCCCCGCUCUGCCUGGGGGGAGGCCGUGGGG